UAAUUAAUGAUACAAUUUCAUCGAGCAAAAUAAUUUUCCGUUCCAGAAUCUGAUUCUCUAAAUUUUUUUUUUGCCAGGAUUAUUUAUGUUCUAUAGUAUUCGAUUGACGAUAAAAUCAUGACAACAACAGCUAAUUGGACAAAAAAUACCACCAACUAUAAGUAUAACGCUUCGAAUGUUUUGAAUUUGACUGUCAACCGUACAAUAAAUUUAUAUCCUCUUUCGAACUAUACAUUCGGUACGAAAGAUCCAUUGUUUGAAAAAGAUCCAUCGGUUGAAGCACGUUUUCAACGGUUGAGAGAUGAAUUCGAAAAAAUUGGUCAACGUCGAUCGGUUGAAGGUGUUUUACUUGUACAUGAACACAAUUUACCUCAUGUAUUAUUACUUCAAUUGGGUACGGCUUUUUUCAAAUUACCUGGCGGUGAAUUAAAUCCCGGCGAAGAUGAAAUUGAUGGUCUCAAACGCCAUUUAACUGAAACUCUUGGCCGUCAUGAUAAUGUUUCACAUGAUUGGGAUAUCGAAGAUACUAUUGGCAAUUGGUGGCGUCCAAAUUUUGAACCACCACAAUAUCCAUAUGUACCACCACACAUUACCAAACCAAAAGAACAUAAACGUUUAUUUCUUGUACAAUUACCGGAAAAGGCUUAUUUUGCGGUGCCAAAAAAUUAUAAACUUGUUGCUGCACCUUUAUUUGAAUUAUAUGAUAAUUCACAAGGAUAUGGUCCAAUCAUUUCAAGCUUACCUCAAGCAUUAAGCCGUUUUAAUUUUAUCUAUAUGGAAUCAUGUAAUACUAACAACAACAAUAAUAAUAAUACAGAAAAUCAAAAUAGCAGUAACAACACUAAUAAUACCAAUAAUAAAUCGUAAGGCAGGCAAAAAGAAAAUACUGAUCU